AGCAGAUUCAUAAAAAUUCCGAAAAUUUCUUGGUUCUUAUAUACCGCAACUACAUCAUGGCACCAUGUUUUGCUUCACUUAAGGAAGGAUUAGGGAAAUUCAAAAAUUUGUGUUGUAUACCUGAUUUGACAGGUAUAUCAGCGUUCACGAUUUCGAUACGAAACGAAUCUAUCAUAGACAACGUUCAAAAUUGACAGCUUUUAUGCUUAUAACCUUACUUUUUGCAAUCAAAACAAAAUCAACAUAAAACGCCGAUCAUGCUCUUCUACUCAUUUUUCAAGUCGCUGGUUGGGAAAGACGUUGUAGUGGAGUUAAAAAAUGAUCUGAGUAUAUGUGGAACGUUACAUUCGGUUGAUCAGUAUUUAAACAUAAAACUGUCGGAUAUCAGUGUGACAGAUACUGAUAAAUACCCUCAUAUGUUGUCUGUGAAGAAUUGCUUCAUCAGAGGAUCUGUUGUUCGAUAUGUACAGCUACCUGCAGAUGAAGUUGAUACACAACUAUUACAAGAUGCAGCAAGGAAAGAAGCUACAGCUCCAACACGAUAAGAUCAAAACACCAAAAUAAUUUGUGCAAAAUGCUGAUUUUGCACCAACUGUAUCACUAAGACUACUGAGGGAGGAUGACAUUUAAGAAAUAAUAUUAGGUUGUAUGUAUGCAUUAAAAUAAAACUACUUUUCCAACACGUUUUUUCAAAUUACCUAAUCCUGA